AUGAGUGAAAAUCGACAAAGCAUUAAAAGGACCAACAACGCCCAGUUCUCAAAGUUGGUGGAGGUAAUAGAGGCAAACCCCGACAUUGCCAAGGGUGUCGGGACGUUUGGAUCAUCCAAAAAAAACCAAGCCCAAUAUUGGGAUUCGUUUGCCCUUGAGCUAAACGCAUUGGGACCUCCUAUACGAGAGGGUAAAGAGUGGCAUAAGGUUUGGCUGGACUAUAAAUUGAAAUUGAAGAAGAAAAUCGCGACAAAUAAAAAGGAUGUAGUCGCAACAGGUGGAGGACCUUUUCGGCAGUUGACUUUGUCCCCUUUGAAACAGGCAGUUGACAAUUUGCUAAGUUUGCAGCAAGCUGUAAAUCCAAUGGGUAAUACAUUUGGAACAAAUUCAACUGCAACAGUGGAACAACCCGACUCAAAUAAUGCAGACGUUGAAGUUGAAGAUGCUCCCAUGGCAAUGACAUCAGCCCAGCCAACAAAAAUCAACGAAUGUCGUAGAAACAGGGGAAAGUUUGUGGAUGAACGAGUCAAACUCUUCCAAAAACAAACGGAGACUCAAGAAAAACUUCUUGUUGCGUCGGAUUCAAUUCAAAAAUCUCUUUCCGAAAUGGCAAGAUAUUCAAGAAAGAAUUAUGAAGUAAACAAGGAACAUGUUGAGGUACUGAAAGCAAAGGAAAAACGGAAGAAGAGAAAAAAUGUGCAGAAGGCGCAACAACAUAAAGAUCUUCUGGAUUUGAAAAUAAAAAAACUAGAAUGUAAAUUACAAUACCACCCAAAAUAG